GCCAUUCGGCUGUUUUGGACUUUGGUUGGCUUAACUUUUGACGGGGAGGCAAUGCCUCUCUGCGGUCCGUGAGUAGCGCAUUACGGGAGGGCGGAUCAUCGCAGAGGCAGCGACACUCACAGAUUCCCGACUAACUGUCAAAAACAGGCAGCGAACGGACAAUGGCAGACCAGGACCUGAGUCUGAGCGAUGCUCUGGCUGACAGUGUGCCUCAGUCCGACCCAGAGGACUUGGUGCAGAGGGACUUUGUGGCUACGCUCGAGGCCGAGACCUUCGACGACCAGGUGGGGGAGACGGUGGGCAAGAAGGACUACAUCCCCCUGCUGGACGACGACGACAAGAAGGACGAUGCAGAGCCAGUGUUGGAAAAUGGAGAGCAGCAGUCCCAUGGGGCACAGAACCCUGCAGGUCUGGCAGUGACGCUGGGAGGACAGAAAGCAGCGCAGCGCCCGGAACCACAGGGGGAAGUGCGCCCCCACCCAACAGAACAGCGUGUCUUCGCAACAGAUUUUCUGUCAGGCUCAAUGAUGUCUGGGUUUGGGAAUCAGUGGGACAGCCAGCCAAUAGCCCCCCAGAUGCAAGGCGGGGGCCUGAUGGGCACUUUCCCAGGCUUCUCCCAGCCCGGAAUGGUGAACAUGGAUGUGGGGAUGGCUCCCUUCCAGACAGAGAGGCCCCCCAGCAUCGCCGAGCCUCAGAAGUCUCCCCUGUCGCUCGCCUCCGAACCCCAGAAACAGCCCCCGCCGUUCUCUUCCCCAGGACUCCUGGGUGACCCCUGGGAGGUCCACGGCGGGCUGCAGACGGACUUGACUUUCACCCCCAGCGUAUCCACGGUGAUCAGUCGCCAUGCCAGCCAGUUGGCUGAGAGCCCCCUGGACCCCCAGUGGCCCCACCAUCAGAGCAUGGGGGCCGGGGACGAGAGGGAGAGCGAGGUGGCCGACAGAAAGCAGCAGCAGAAGAAGAAGAAGAAAAGGAGGCCCCGGGAGGAAGUGUACGAUCUCCUGGAGAACAGGGGCCCCGCGGAUAAUCUGGGCGAGAACACCCUGCCAACCGACAGCCCCCGCAGACCCUCCCCUCGGAGAGAGGAGGGCUGGGAACGCGAAGACUGGGGAAGAGGAGGUGGCAGGGGCAAGAAGGGGAGGAGCAGAAAGAAGUUUCCGGAAGAAUGGGCUGUGCUUCAGGAUCCGGCCCUGUCCACUCCGGGCUUUCAUUCCCAAGAGAUAGCGGCGGAGCUGCUGGCGCCCUCCCUCAGCCGCCCCCAGGCCAUGGACACCUCCGGCCCCGGCAUGCAGGACCCCCUCGUCUGCCUCACCGAGGACUCCCACCCGCUAGGCCUGGAUGACGGCCUCAUUCCCAGCAUGCCCUCCUCCCUCACUCAGGACCUGUUCUCUCUCACAGCCUCCUUUCCCACUUCCUCACUGAGCCCUGAGCCCUUCCCUGCUGGCCCCACCGCCAUAUCUCCCAAUCUGGGAACAGGCCCCUCGCCCAAAGAGACCCCCCCACAGUCACCUGGUCUGGAGAAUUCCUUUUCCGCAGGUGGCACAGGCACCCCUGUGGCCCCCCUCUUAGCAGCCGGUAGCCCCACUCCGGCGAAGGCCGAAGAAGGCUUGUCCUUUCUUCCCUCAGAUCUUUUUACUGCUGACACCCCUCCUUCCACAGAUAGCGAGGCUCUCCCUCCCAGUCCUAAAGGCGAACAGGCCCAGGGUAUGCCCAGCCAGAAGGCCUCAUUUGGGCCUGUGCCCUCCUCCCCACCAUUGUCUAUAGAGUCUCCUCUUUCAACCAGCACCUCUCCACAACCUGAGGCCCCCGCUGGUAAAAUGGCCCCUGCUCCAUCAUCAGAAACGUCUAGCAAAGACAACAUCCAUGUAACUACGAAAGAUUCCCCUCUCAUACCUGUUGAAGGGGAAUUGUCUCCUCCUUUAACACCCUCUCAUAUGGACAGCUUUACUCUUGAAUCCCCACUGUCAGAGGAGCACCCUGAAGACACCCAAGGCCUCCUUCCCGCGUCCUCUCCUAAAGAGCUGAAAGAGGCUGCAGGCCAAAAGCGGAAACAGCCGAAAAAAUCCCGCUCCUCCUCCUCAAAGAGUCCGACCUCGCCAGUCCUCAGCCCCUCCGCCCCAACUCCUCCGGCUGUCAGCUCACUCUCCCCGCUGGCUGCCCCCUUCCCCGCUCCGAACUCGGACCUGAACCCCACGGCCGUGCCCUUUUUCCCCAUCCUGUCGGAGCUCCAGGAGCCCCCCCCAGGGGACCCCUUGAUGGCAGAAGUGAAAACCGAAAAAACAGACAACUCUCAGAAGGUGGAGAAAUUUGACCUGUUUGAUACGAAGGAGGUGAAGGUGGAGAAGUUUGACAUGUUUGAGAAGAAAGAUAAGGCAGACAGUGUGGACAAGCACGAGAAAGAGAAAACCGAGAAGGUGGAGAAAAUGGAUGUCCUAGAAAAAACUGACAAAGCAGAGAAGAAGACAGAGGAGAAGAUGGAUAAGGUGGAGAAGGCAGACAAACAAGAAAAGAUGGAGAAGACAGACAAGUUGGAGCAGUUGGAGAAACAAGAAAAGAAAGUGGAGAAGGUGGAGAAACAGGAAAAAAUGGAAAUGGCAGCCAAGAUGGACAAACAAGAGAAGUUGGAGAAGACUGACAAGACAGAGAAAGUGGACAAGGAUAAAGAGGUGAAGUCGGAAAAGGCUGAGAAGGUAGACCAGGCCGAGAAGAUGGAAAAGGUUGAAAAGGUAGAGAAGACUGAGAAGAAGGAGAAUAAAGCAGGAACCGCUGAGAAGAAGGACGACACGGAAAAGACGGAUAAGGCCGACAAAGGAGACAAAGCCGAGAAGGCGGGGAAACCGGCUGGAAAGCCCCCGGUGACGAACGGGGUCAGUGCAGCACCCAGCAAGGACGCUACCAGCCCCGACAAGAAGACUAAGCCCGCCGCUGCUGCGUCAGCCAAACCCGGCGCUGGCAAACCGCGGCCGAGCUCGCUAUCCACGGGCGCGGCCGCGCCCAAACGCCCGUCCCCCACUUCCAACUCCGCCGCCCCCGGCAAAAAAAGCCCCAUGCCUAAGGCCACUACCCCUACCGCUGGCGCCAAGCGGCCCCCGUCCGCUGCCAGCCGCCCCCCCGCCUCUGCCGCGCCCCGUGAGGUCAAGCCCAAGACCAGCGCUACAGAGAAGCGCCCCCCUGUGGCCAAGGCCAACGCCGCCGGCCCGGGAGCGUCCGCGGCCUCCAAAAACGGCUCUUCGGCCACGGACGCCGCGAAGCCCCGCGUCCCCCUGUCCGCCCGCGCCCCGGCCAGAGCCCCCGCGGCCCGACGCCCCGCAGCUGCCAAGACUGAGAGCAAACCAGGGGAAGUGAAGAAAUCAAGCACACCAAAGACUCCCCCAGCUGACUCCAGUCGCCCCAAGACCACCCCAAACCGGGGCCCGGUCGCCCUCUCCAGCACCCUCGUGGCAAGCACCGCCGCGACCCGCGCCCGAGCGGCCGCCGCCGCUGCCGCCGCUGCCCCUGCCAAACCCGCCGCCCCGCCCGAGAGGAAGCCCCCCGUCCCGCGCGCGCCCCGCUCCAGCGCCACGCCCCGCCCCACCACCGCCCCCGCUCCGGACAUCCGGAAUGUCCGCUCUAAGAUCGGCUCCACAGAUAACAUGAAGCACCAGCCGGGCGGAGGCAAGGUCUCUGCAGCACAGAGCAGAACUGACACUCUGGCACAGGGUUCCCUCACCAAAGAGACCAGCCAGAGCAAAGUUCAGAUAGUCAACAAAAAGCUGGACUUCAGCCACGUCACCUCACGCUUGGGUUCCAAGGACAAUAUCAAGCAUGUGCCUGGUGGAGGGAAUGUCCAGAUACUGAACAAGAAGGUUGACCUAAGCAAAGUGACAUCAAAAUGUGGCUCCAAGGCCAAUAUUAAGCACAAACCAGGAGGUGGUGAUGUGAAGAUAGAGUCCCACAAGGUCAACUUCAAGGACAAGGCUCAGUCCAAAGUGGGAUCAAUGGACAACGUGAGCCACGAACCAGGGGGUGGCAACGUCAAGGCUGAGGGGGAGCAGGAGACAGCUGGGGGGGAUCUGGCUCCCUCUAGUGGCGCCCCGGCCACGGUGCCGGCGGGGAGCGCCGCCCAGGAGAAUGGCAUAAAGGAGGGCGCGCCCUGCGGGGGGGGAGAGGGGCUCCGGGACCCCCGGGGCCUGGACUCGCGCAUCCCUGAGACAAAUUGAGUCUCGCAAGCUCAGCUUUCGCGAGGGCGCCCGGGCUCGCACGGACCACGGCGCUGACAUCAUCUCCUGGCCAGCCUCGGGCGGGAGCCCACACCACCCACCGCGCAGCGUCUCUCUCAAUGACUCUCUCAGUUCCGCCAGCUUCCUCCGCUCGCCCCCCGCCCUCGCCUCCCUCUCCCUGCCGGGGCAGGGGGGCAUCGGCGCUUCAGCGGGACAUAGGACUUGAGUUCAGCCAUCCCACUCUGACAAACCCCCCCACCCCCCCCCCCCUCCCCUCCCCUCCCAUCCCAUCCCAUCCCAUGCCACCAUACCCAGCCCUCACGGUCCCUCCAUUUCCCAAACGGCUAAGCUGACAUUUGUACAUGCACAGGGCCUCAGGCAGGGCAGGACGCACGGUGAGGGAGGGUCUGUCUCGCAGGAUUGGGUCGGGUUGCCAGGGACCUCGCCGUCUCUGCCUCCUGUAAAUCCGAUUGGCUGAGACAGUGCUCGAGAUCGAACCGCUCGUACAGGCGGUGCAAAGUCAGUGCAGUGCAACUGCCCUGCCUGCUCCCUGUUUCCAGCGGCAACGCUCUCUUACACAGUGUGACCCUCCCCCCCCCACCUCACCAAAAGCAUGAUGCUUAUAGUGUGGCACUUUAGUCUUACACAGUGUACAGUGUGUCCCUUUGCCAUCUCGGUGACAGAGCAUCUUCAUGGACAGCUCUCCCCUUCCCCCUCCAGCUAUGGAAACCUCCAGGAAUCACAUGUGGCUUAUAGAGCAGUCUAACAGUAAUAAAGUGUAGCACCCCUUAUUGUGAGCAUGUGGGGCUGUCCCAAUAACCAUAGACUACCCUUUCACAUUGCCACAGUCCCACCCCCCAUUUCAAGAGCUCUCCUCUUCAUUCACCUUCGACCUCACUCACAACCAAUAGAAGCAAGUAGUCUGUUUGAACUGUAGGCUAUUUAAAUAUCUUUAAACUCUGUGUUUCGUGAUGAUGUGUUUGAGUAAUUGCUGUAACAAUGAGCUGUGUUGUUAUGUUCUGUUUUUCUUUUUCUUUUUUACUCUGAUUUCUUUUCUUCAUGGUUUGGUUCUUUUUUUUUCUCUCUCUCUCUCUCUUAAAGCAAUAUGAUGGUUUUUGCUAAUAGGACACAGAAAUCCUCGAGUACACGCACAUAUUUCAGACAGUCGUACACAGACACAGUGAUGGACACACCUCCAAUCAGGGCUUUGAGACUGAGGCAGAUUAUCACGCAUGCAGAGAGGGAGAUGGAGAGGCAGUUAAACAGGAAGGUGAUGGAACUGGAGAGGAAAUGCUGAGGUACAAUAUUUAGGGACAGCUGAAUGUGUAUUCUAGAGUUUGUACAAUGUUCCUAUGGUGUAUGUCUUUCCUAGACUGAUUUUAAUGAGUAUUGCUUAGCUGCUUCCAAUCCAGUGGCAGAUAUGACUUAUCCUGGAGAAUGCAGUUUGUCAUUGUGAUGCGAGACGUGAUGUUGUCAUGAUUGAAACCUAAAACGGAAAGGAACUUGCUGAAAAGGAACAAGUGUGAGAUUGGUGGAAGGACGUGCCAAGAAUGUGCCUCUUUCCCUGAUUAACUGAAACUUGCACAGGUACUGGGCAUGUUUCAAAGACUGAGGAGCUCUUACUGAAUGUUAGAAAGUCAGUUUAAGAAAGCAUUCUUUGUAACCACCUAGUAUACUCUUUGCUCUUUUGGAUUCUGUACUAAAUCAACUGUAAUUUCAGUUGUGUUGUUAGUUUUGUUUUUGUUUGUUUGUUUGUUUUUUUGGAAGGGGGUUACAUAUUGUGUUAUUGGCUAAUAUUUGGUUAACAGUAUCUGAAUAUUUGUCAGGCGUUCCCUGUGGGUAUUGGCCAUAGAACACUAAGUGUGGCUUGCAUUUGUAACACUGUAAAAAAAAAAAAUAUGACUACCAUGUAAAAGUUCAAGGCAGGGCAAAACGGUCUUCACAGCUUAAGAGAUUUAAAGUAAUCUGUAAUGCAAUGUUGUGGUCUGGUAUCCAUGUCCAUUGAGAAUUUUGAAUGAGGCUCUCGUUGUUCAGUAGAGAAGUGGUAAUAACUUUGAAGCUUGCUGUGACGCUACUCAGUGCCGUUAAUCUUUAUUUCAGCUCACCUGUAUUGAGACAGUGGGCAGGAGGUCUAAGGCAAGGUUACUGCUCUUGAUUUGACCUACUACAGUGAUUAAAUUUCUCAGCUAACAUUACUAAUUAGCCUAUAUGAGCUAUACAGGUCCCCUAAACUAUUUGAGGGGUGGGAGUCUUAUGCAUUGAUUAAGAGACCAUGCGGGGUGGCCGGUAGUUUAUGUGUGUGUGUGUGUGUGUGUGUGUGUGUGUGUGUCAGUUAGGAUGGGAAACCCUUGAUCUUUUCAACAUCCACUGUUGGUACAAUGUUUGCAAGGCAAAAGUACAAAUGAUCAGAAAAGGCAUGUUAUGCUUAAAUAAGAGAUAAGGGUACACUGUGAUGAAGAGCAGAUGGGAUUUCUUGUUAGUUCACAGUGCGGGAUAGAGGGCCUCAAUCUAAUUAAAUGAAGGAAACUCAAUGCACAUGUAAGUCAGAAAAUGUAUAGUAAUGGAAAUCAAAGUGUCGGGAAAGACAGCAGUUAAGAAAACUGAAAAUAAAAUUUCAAACGAUAAUCUUUUUCACGCUUGAAUAAUCCCUUGAGUUAAAAACGAUUUUAAAAAAGGAAAUUCGCAAUAAUGUUUACUAUUAAUAUCAAAGAUGUUAUUUUGAAUGAAGAGAGGUUUGUAGAUAUUUCUAUAUGAGCUAUUUUGUAGUGUGGCACUAGCGCAAGCGGUUGCUGUAGACCUGUCUUAGUCUCCUGGUGGUGAGCCUGCACACUGUGGAUUUCAAUGUCGUGCUUCUGGUGCCACGGUCGUUCUCAAACUGAGUUCUCCUUGUGCCUGUCCGCGGCCACUUUAAGAUCACUCACCUUCCCCAGUCUUUACUACAACUCACACUCAUCCCUCUGUGAUCACAAGGUUGUAUAUAGAUAUAUAUCUUACUGUUUAUACACUAUAUCACCACAGGGAAAAAAAAUAUUUUUAGGAUCAUGUGGAUGUCGAGUACGAGUUUUACAUUCAUUUAGCUUUUAACCAUUUCUGGGAAGUGUUUUUUUUUUUUUUUUUUUUUUUGGAAAUUCAGUAAGUUUGCCUUUUUUCAGAAAAAGGGCUGAAGAAAAAGAAUGUUUUUGAAACGUAAUGUAAUAAAGAUGCAAGACGCUUUUAUGUGUUUUCGUUUCGUUCUCCGAGCCACGGUGUGGUGGGUGUGUGGAUAGGGAGCGGGUGAGGGGUGUGUUGUGGGUAGCGGGUUUGUCAGCACGGAGGGGGCUAACUGUUUCCUCCCGUCUCACAUGGCCCAAGCUACCCACCACUCCCCCCUCCUCAGCCCCAGUCUUAAAACUCUGCCAUUUGCAGGAAAGGCCUUUCCUAUCAACACACCGGGACACUCUGGCUUUCUCACACCCAAAAUAAAAUGGAUUGAAGUUUUAAGUGUAUAAUUUGAGAUGUUUUUAAUGUGCCAUUAUGGAACAGGGUGCUCUGUGCAGUCGGAAAGGUGAGCAGCGAUGUCUGGAGUAAUCUCAGAUCUGGGAACAGUUAUGCCUCCUGUGUUCUGCUCCAUACAUACGUGGUCCUGGAGUGUUGUGGUGAUGUUGGUGCCCUUCCGUACCCCUUGUGUGAGACUAACAGUAGCUGUCGGUCAGCCUGUGUUACUUAUAGUGCUCCGGGGAAAGCGGCAACAAGCCCCGUAGUCCUGCUUCUGCUAGUAGAGCGUACCAAAAUGUGCACACAUACUAAUAGCACACCGUAUGAGCAUGCUGAAGGGGUUCUGUUAACUAGACGGUUGUCAUUCACGGGAAUUGUUUGUCGUUAUUUUUUUCUUUUUCUUUCAUUUUGGAUUACUUUUUUUGGUUUGAAAGAAGUGUUAUUGUGGUUAAUUGUUAACUAGUGAUGUGAUUAUUAAACAUGAAAUAAAAUUUAAAAAAUUAAGAA